CAUCUCUAAUAACAAAUGAAAACCAAAUCGAAUGCUUCGAAUUUAUUUCUUUUGAAAAAGAAAGAGAUAGAGAUUAUUUGAUGUCAACAAUGAAAUUGUAUUUAGGAAGAAAAAUACUACGAAUUUGUCCACUUAAGCUUAAUUACGAUAUUGGCUGCAUUUUAGAACAGAAAGAUAUGGGCAUAUUCAGUUCAUACAGAAAUGCACUGCAUUGUCCAAUUUUAAAUGAAAAUACAACUAUUUAUAUAGAAACAAAUGAAGUGAUUCUAAACAUUGGAUUUAAUGGUACUUUCAAUCAAAAUGUUAAAACACUUAAAUUCAAAAAGAUCAAUGAAUAUAAUACAAAUUUUAAAGAUUCAAACACUGCAAAUGUCAUUUAUAUUUCAAAUGAAUCAAUUAAUAACAAUAACAUAUCAGUCUCCAACAAAAAUAUUAAACUUCUUGUUGGGGAAGAAUAUGGGUUUAAAAAUACUAAUAACAUUACAACGCAAAUGAAUGAUGUUGUGUUUAAUGAUAAGCAAAACUGCACUGCUUUGUAUAUUGACAAAACAGAUAUAUCAUGCAAAUACUAUAAAAAUUCGUAUUUACUUGAUAAUCAAUGCAAAAAUUAUGAUAAUAAUUGCGGAUUAUCAACAACACAAACAAAUGUCACAACAAAGGUUUGUGAAUCGUGUCCUGAUUCGUAUCAUUUUUACAAAAACAGGUGUUUUAAGUGUUCAAAUGGGUGUUUAAAAUGUGUGAAGGAAGGGUGUGUUUUAUGUGAUACAGGCUAUUUGUUGGUUCAACAAAAUGGAGUAGACAUUUGCGAAUCACCAAAUAACACCAUUUUAGCCAAACACAAUCUAAUUAUGAAAUGCGAAGAAGGGUAUUACUCUAGAUAUGCAGAGUGUGUAAAAUGCGACUCAAAUUGUCUGGCAUGUGUUGAUGAAAGCAUUUGUACAAUAUGUAAUAAUAAAUAUAUUUUCAAAACAAAAAGUGUGA